UGUAUCCAGCUGAACUCUCCAUCAUCAGUCGGCUGUUAUCGUCUCCUAUUGUUCUUCUGUGACUGACAACUUACAAUAUACCGAUAUCCAUGCUAACUCACACUCCUUAUUCUGCAUGCAUAGUGCCAUACAUACGCAGGACAUGACCGUUACCAUUUCAUCCAAUGGUUUCCACUACCAGCUAUCCUAGCUCUGUCCUUCGGUAUGGGUUGUCCCGCCGGUUUGGCCUCCGCCGGCGCCUACUCCAGGGUCUCUUGAUAUGUAUUGUGACCUGGACGGUCCUGGAGGUGCUCUAUAUUCAUCACCAGGCUUCGACUGUCGACCGAACUGAGAAGCCUCCAUCGCACCAAUCUGAGCGCCUAUUCAUCGCAAGCAUGCACUGGAACAACGAAGCAAUCCUGCGAAGCCAUUGGAACAAUGCGGUCAUAGAUCUGGCAAAGACCUUCGGUCCAGAUAAUGUCUUCGUGAGCGUUUUCGAGAGCGGAAGCUGGGAUGAUACCAAGGGGGCCCUUCGGGAGCUUGAUGCUGGGCUGGACCGACUCGGCGUGCGGCGCAACAUCACCCUGUCGGAUACAACUCAUCAGGAUGAGUUAUCUGCUCGUCCUCGGGAAGGCUGGAUCGAUACACCCCGCCAGAAGAAGGAACUAAGGCGCAUACCUUAUCUUGCUCGGCUACGCAAUUUGACCUUGCAGCCACUGGAGGAGCUGUCGCAACAAGGCAUUACAUUCGAUAAAGUACUGUUCCUUAACGAUGUGGUCUUUACGGUUGAUGAUGUGACCACAUUACUUAAUACAAAUGAUGGUAUCUACGCUGCCGCUUGCUCACUGGAUUUCUCAAAACCGCCUCUAUAUUAUGACACAUUCGCCUUGCGAGAUUCGAACGGCGAUGAGCAAGUGAUGCAGAAGUGGCCAUACUUUCGCUCCGCAGCUUCGCGCAAUGCGCUACUUGCGCUGUCUCCUGUGCCUGUCAAGAGUUGCUGGAACGGAAUGGUGGCUAUGCCUGUGGGGCCCUUCGUAUCCACCUCUCCAUUGCGAUUUCGAGCCAUAUCUGAUACCCUUGCGCUUUCACACCUCGAGGGUUCCGAAUGUUGCUUGAUUCACGCGGAUAAUCCUCUUUCCCAACAGCAAGGCGUCUUUCUGAACCCUCAAGUCCGUGUCGGCUAUAACCCCGAAGCUUACACAGCUGUUCAUCCUACAGGGGCCUGGUUGUCACUACAAUAUGUGGCGUUGGCUCUCUGGGAAAACAGACUUCGACGAUGGUUUACAACGCCAUUCUUCAAAAAGCUGGUCGUCCGCCGAAGGAUUAAUCAUUGGCAAGAAGAUCACAGCAACGAGCGAGAACCCGGCGGGUUCUGCCUAAUUAAUGAGAUGCAAGUGCUUGUCACUAAUGGUUGGGCGCACGUAUGAAGCCUGACUGGGACAUUCCUGCAUCUGGACGUUUGGCUCAUCGUUGAGGCCAGUAAAUAUUGAUAUGGGAAUCGACAUCUUCAAAGCAUCAUUCACAUCCGGCUACCAUCUCUUUCGCCCCUUGGAACUCCAGAUAUAAAUUCUACAUGCGAUGGCAUGAACUAGUCAUGAUCUAUCAGCAGCAAGGUUGGUGACCAGGUAAGGCGUAAGCGCCAGAUGAAUCCCUCGAUUUGCAGGGGUCUUUGUCCCAGGCCAAUGAUAUGCUUCUCUGCGGGCCCUUGGCGCUAAAGGCAUGGCUCUUAUCGGUAUCCGACCGGGGCGGCCCGCCUUUCUAUUAAUCGAGUGCAGUGGAAAGCGCUCGACUGACACCUGAGUUGGCCCUACAGC